AUGCUGAAGAACCAAGUUACUAUCCUUGGUAGUACUGCCAGAUCUCUUGGUAGGUCUUACAGGUCAUCCUUGGCGGUUAAGAGAUGGUUACAAACAAAUGUAACUUCUUCCAAUUAUGCUAAAGUGUAUGAAGCCAAACCUAGUGAUUUGGAAAGGCCAUUGGAUGAAUUUCCUAGACGCCAUUUAGGACCAUCUCCAAAAGAUUUAGAAAAAAUGUUGAAGACUGUCGGAUUUGAAGAUCUAAAUUCUUUUGUUGAAUCAGUGGUUCCUCAAAAUGUACUUAAAAAGCGUGCAUUGGAACUAGAGGCUCCUGAAAGAGGCUAUUCUGAAAUGGAAAUGAUAGAACAUUUGAAAGAACUUGCCAAUAAGAAUCGAUACGAAGUGAAAAACUUCAUUGGUAAGGGUUAUUACGGAACCAUUUUACCGCCAGUGAUUAUGAGAAAUGUCUUAGAGAGUCCCGAAUGGUAUACUUCAUACACUCCAUAUCAACCAGAAAUAUCUCAGGGCAGAUUGGAGUCUCUGUUAAAUUUUCAAACAGUUAUCAGUGAUUUGACUGGUUUACCUGUAUCCAAUGCAUCAUUAUUAGAUGAAGGUACUGCUGCCGCGGAGGCCAUGUUACUUUCGUAUAAUUUCCACAGGGCCAAAAGGCCUAAGUUCGUGAUUGAUUCAAAAUCACAUCCUCAAACGAAAAGCGUGGUAUAUACAAGAGCUUUACCCUUAGGGAUUGAAGUUUCCGAAAUCGACACUAGAAACGUGGAAAAUUCACUGAAAGUGUUGGAUGAUAAAGCCGUUUGUGGAUGUCUUCUCCAGUAUCCUGCUACAGAUGGAUCUAUAGUAGCUCCAGAGACUCUGACGCAGUUUGCGGAGGUAUUGCAUCAACAUAAAUCCUUGCUUUCAGUAGCAUCCGAUCCAUUGGCAUUGACUCUUUUAAAGGCACCAGGACAUUUAGGUGCUGAUAUCGUAUUGGGAUCUUCACAGAGGUUUGGUGUACCACUUGGUUACGGUGGUCCUCAUGCUGCCUUUUUUGCGGUUCAGGAACACCUUAAUAGACGUAUCCCUGGUAGAAUUGUGGGUGUGUCUAAGGACCGUUUGGGUAACGUUGCAUUGCGUCUAGCGUUACAAACUAGAGAACAGCAUAUUAAGCGUGAUAAAGCUACUUCCAAUAUCUGCACCGCGCAAGCGCUCUUGGCAAACGUGGCUGCCAAUUAUUGCGUUUACCAUGGACCGGAAGGUUUAAAGAAUAUUGCCAAACGUAUCUACGGUAUGACCAGCAUUUUGGCAAAUCAAAUCAAUACUUCUUCACCUCACGAUGUGGUCAAUGACACCUGGUUUGACACUUUAACCAUAGAAAUUAAUGAAUCGACAACUGCAAGUGCUGUACUUGAAAAGGCACUUAAUGAGUACAACAUCAACCUAUUCGCACCUAAUGAAAAAACAGUAUCGUUGUCACUAGAUGAAACCACCACAUUAAAAGACCUACAGAACUUGAUUCAAUUAUUCACUUGUUCUGCAGAUUUACCAUCAGAAGUCCCACAAUUCCCAGCAACAUUAGCACGUACAGACGACAUUCUAACUCAUGAAGUUUUCCAUUUAUACCAUAGUGAAACUGCUAUGCUUCGCUAUUUACACAGAUUACAAAGCAGAGACUUGUCGUUAGCAAAUUCUAUGAUCCCAUUGGGCUCUUGUACUAUGAAAUUAAACUCUACAGUGGAAAUGUUGCCUAUAACAUGGCCUGAAUUUGCGAACAUCCACCCAUUCCAACCAACAGACCAAGUUCAAGGAUACGCACAGCUAAUGUCAAGCCUUGAAAAUGCUCUAUGUAGUAUCACUGGUUUUGAUGCGGUUUCUUUACAACCUAAUUCCGGUGCAUCUGGUGAAUACUGCGGUCUUAGAAUCAUUAGAGCGUUUUUGGAAGACACUGGUGAAUUGCAUAGACGUGUAUGUUUGAUCCCUACCUCUGCUCACGGUACAAAUCCAGCAUCAGCAGCAAUGUGUGGUCUAAAAGUUGUUUCCUUUAAUUGUCUUCCAGAUGGAUCCCUUGAUUUGGAAGAUUUGAAAAAGAAAAUCGAUAAACAUGCUCAUGAACUUGCCGCCAUUAUGAUCACAUAUCCAUCUACCUAUGGUUUAUAUGAAGAGGGCCUUACUCGUGCAAUUGAGAUGGUCCAUGAAGCCGGAGGUCAAGUUUAUAUGGAUGGUGCUAACAUGAAUGCUCAAGUGGGACUAACUUCACCUGGUGAUUUGGGUGCCGACGUUUGUCAUUUGAAUUUACACAAGACGUUUGCUAUCCCACACGGUGGUGGUGGACCAGCAGGUGCUCCCAUCUGUCUCAAAUCCCAUUUAGCUCCCUAUUUACCGCGCCAUCCGGUUGUGGACAUGAUAACCUAUGGUAAAGAUGAUAUUAAAUCCAGUAAGGCUAUUGAUAGCGUUUCUUCAGGACCUUAUGGUAAUGCCCUUGUGUUGCCUAUUUCUUACGCAUACAUCAAAAUGAUGGGACAACAAGGUUUGCCAUAUGCAUCUGCAAUUGCAAUGCUAAAUGCUAAUUAUAUGCGCGCACGUUUACAAAACCAUUAUGAAAUUCUAUUUGCUAAAAACCAUUGUGCACACGAAUUUAUCAUCGAUUUGAGAGAAUUUAAAGCCCAAGGUGUGGAGGCUAUUGAUAUUGCCAAGAGACUCCAAGAUUAUGGAUUCCAUGCCCCUACACUUGCAUUCCCAGUGCCCCAUACUCUAAUGAUAGAGCCCACAGAGUCGGAAAAUUUGGAAGAGCUUGACAGAUUUGUGGAUGCUAUGAUAUCUAUCCGCUCAGAGAUUGAUUCUUAUUUACAAGGUAAGCCAGAGGGACAAAUGUUGAAAUAUGCUCCACAUUCGCUUGAGGAUUUAAUUUUGGCAAACGAUUGGGAUACAAGAGGUUAUACGAGACAACAAGCGGCAUAUCCAUUACCACAGUUAAAAGGGUCUAAAUUCUGGCCAGUUGUGGCACGUUUAGACGAUACUUAUGGUGACAUGCAUUUAAUGUGUACAUGUCCAUCUGUGGAGGAAAUAGCAGAGAAUUAA